AUGAACUGUUCCACCUCGCCCGCCGACAUGUGCGGAAAUUUCACCGACUCGACGUCCGUUUUCGACGAGACCGGUUUCUUGCUGAGAGUCCCGCGACGCCAGACGUUGGACAGAGUCUCCACGUUCGACGCCUUGGUGAUCACCGGCUCGACGCGCGACUGCGGCUCCCACGCCUCCAGGUCUUUCAGGAACGAGUCGUCGCCCUCGUUGAGCACGUCCGAGAGGUGGAUCGAGCCCAUUGAGAGAUUGGACAUGUUGGAAACGUUCUUGGAAACGUCGGUGUCGGUGUGCAUCGAGUCGAGCGGGUUGUUGAACGUCUUUUCGACCGACUGGUUGGGCGUGACGGGACUGUCGUCCUCGUCCUCGUCCUCAUCGUCGGCGUCGGUCUCGUCUCUGGACUCCUCGGCCGGCUCCUUCGGUUGCACAGGACUGGCAACUUUGAUCUGCUUGAACGACUUCUCUCUGACGUCCUCCUGGCUCGACCAGAUGGCCAGGAUGUCGUUCUUGCCCGCCGACUCUGCCGACGAAACACGUUUUUUUUCGGUGGCAGUUUCUCUGCUGGAGCUGCUCACGUUUCUGGCCUCCGGCACCUCGAACGACUUGUACGGGUCGUCGUCGAACGACGCAGAAACAGACUGCACCGUGUCAUUGGCGGUUGUGUCGUUGGCGUUUUCGUCCAUCUCAACUGUGGCGUCGCUGUCCACUGUCUCUGGCUCAAAGUCGCUGGAAUUACCUUCGUCUGCAGAAACAAAGUCCGACUCGUUGAGCGAGGUGGCCGUGCUCUGCAGCGACACGUGGCGCGACCUGGUCUCGGCGGUCGGCUCGGCUCCUCUGGUUUUCUGA